AUGGUUGAGCAUAUCCUGUUUCCUGGAGCCGGGAUGACAGAAUCCACGUUCAUCGCUAUUGCUAUCAAAUACCAGCGAUUUAACAUCCUCAAGCUUUUUCACGAGCUGGGCUCGUCGGGUAUCAUUGAUCUGACUCAGAACGGAGAUAAUCGAGCUAUUCAGCUCGCUAAGUGGUGGUCUAUAUCUCGACGUGCGAUAGAUUUUGCUGCUGGUGUCCGUCGACUGGAUAUGCUCCAAUGGUUGUUGCCAAACCACCCCCAAAAGGUAUCGAGCGAUACUAUGGACAGAACGGCGUGUGGUGGUCACUUGGAGAUGGUCCAGUGGCUCCAUGCUAACAGAUCCGAAGGGUGCACAAAGAAAGCGAUGGAUGGUGCUGCAUCCAGAGGCCACAUUGAUGUGGUAAAGUGGCUUCACACCAAUAGAUCCGAAGGAUGUACCAAAGCUGCUAUGGAUGGAGCUGCAGCAAAUGGUCAUCUCGAGAUAGUAAGAUGGCUUCACACGAACAGGAGUGAGGGAUGUACGGAGAAAGCAAAGGACAACGCCGCCAGCAACGGUCAUUUAAAUGUGCUGAAAUGGCUAAACUUCAAAGGUAGUGUCUUUAAAUUGACUAUUUUUUUUCACUGCAUCUAUGAACUUUGA